AUGGCGGACAAUCUCGUUUCUUUUAUAAAAUGAAAUUAGAAAUCUAUUUAUUUUUAUUUUUACGCACAAAAUGUCACAAAAGUCAAUAGAGGAUACUAUAACAGAUGUUGUGAAAGAGAUAUUGCGUGGUGAGGCUGUAGAGGAGGCCUUUUGCUCUGUGAUUUUACACACGGAGGAAUCAGCGCAAUGGAAGAAAGAUCACUGCUUCAACAGCCUCAAAACAGCCCUGGCCAGCCUACCUCAGGAAAGCCUAGACACAGCUUUGAAAUGUUACAUCACACAGAUUUAUAGCAUUCAAAAUGCCAGUAGGGUAGACCUGUUGCUCGAUCUCCUAGAGGCCUUGGUGGAGAACAACAUUGUCCCUGCUAAGCCAAUAUGUGAUGCUCUAUUAGAGCAUGAGCUCCUGCAGUACAAGGCCAGUCUUAUGUGGACCAAAACAUUCCAGUUAAUGAGGAAAAUUAUUGGUGGAGUAGACUACAAAGGAUGUAGAGAUUUGCUGCGUGGAAUCUUGGAGAAAUGUCAGGGAGUGAAGCAGGAUGAAAAUGUGUCAGUUAUGCCUGACAUUGAUACAGCUGUAAAUUUAGUGGCCCACAUUCUUGAUCGUAAUGUGUGUCUGUUACCAGCCUAUCUUGCAGUCAAUGAAAUCAACAAGGUUUGUCCUGAGGACAAAAAGUGGCCUCACUGGAAGAUGGGGUCUAUUCUAGCUGAUUUUGUACAUAGCUUUCGUCCAGCUGCCUUAAUGGUUACAGUUUCUGGACGCUCUCAUCUCCUACCAGUAGUGGGUCAUUCUAACGCAGUCUCCACUAGCAAUGUAUGGCGUCUCAGUUCUAACUGUCUCAAGUUUCCCCUGAAUGGACCUCUUCCUUAUGACAAGGAGCUGUAUGAGCCUCAGACUGGGUUGUUACGCUAUGUUCUAGAACAGCCCUACUCCAGAGACAUGGUCUGUAACAUGCUGGGACUCAAUAAACAGGUAAAACAACGAUGUGAGGUUCUUGAGGAACAGCUGGUUGACCUAGUUGUCAUGGCAAUGGAGAGGUCAGAGAAUGAUAAUGCUACCAAUGAUGAAUGCCUGAGUCAGUUGCUAUGGCAACAUUUAUCCAGCCAAGUCAUUUAUUUUGUGUUGUUCCAAUUUGCCAGUUUUCCCCACAUGGUUAUGUCCCUUUAUGAGAAGCUGAAAGGUCGCAAUCUCAACAAAGGUCGAGAUCACUUAAUGUGGGUCCUACUGCAAUUUAUAUCAGGCAGCAUACAGAAGAAUCCGCUGAAGGAGUUUCUACCCGUGAUGAAGCUCUAUGAUCUGUUGUACCCAGACAAGGGAACAAUAACGAUGCCGGACGUAAUGAAGGCCCAGUCGACCCACGGAGUCGCUGCUACUUGUAUCUGGAUUCACCUUAACAAGAAAGCCCAGACUGACACCAUCAAGCUGCCACGCCCCAUUCCUUAUGCCCUACAAGAGCACUGCGAAUUUUUGAAGCAGAGUUUGAACAACAAGAAUCUCUCAUUGAAUGACUAUAAGAUAGCUCUUCUCUGUAAUGCCUAUAGCACAAAUAAUGACUUCUUCAAUUUACCAAUGGGAAAACUGGUAGAGAGUAUCUAUGGUGACAAUAAACACACAACAUUGUUGCCUGGCAACAUUGUAGCUUCAGCUCCCACCCAGCCUCUUGCCAUGAGUCUGUUAGACUCACUAACAGUUCACGCCAAAAUGAGCUUAAUACACAGUAUAGUUCACCGUGUGAUAAAACAGGCCAAGUCUAAGCAGACGAUUGCUCAGUCCCCAGCACUGAUAGAGACUUAUAGUAGACUUCUAGUGUAUAUGGAGAUAGAAUCUCUUGGAAUCAAAGGAUUCAUUAGCCAGUUACUGCCUACUGUGUUCACUCACAAUGCAUGGGGAAUUCUUCAUACCCUCCUCGAGAUGUUCAGCUACCGCCUUCACCACACACAGCCACACUACCGCAUACAGCUUCUGAGCCAUCUACAUCACCUAAGUCAGUCAGCUCAAACCAACCAGAACCAGCUACAGUUGUGCAUGGAGAGUACAGCCCUGAGGUUGAUUACGGGACUGGGGAGCUUUGAGGUGCAGCCACAGCUGUCCAGAAUAUUUAACGAACCAGGACGACCGGGGUUCCUGUCUAAUGAGUCAGAGGAGCUUAAUAGAGCUCUAGUUCUCACAGUGGCUCGUGCCAUGCAUGUCACAGGUGUGGAUAGUUUUUCAGCCACCUGGCUGAGGGAGAUUCUGAACCAGAUCAUGACCAACACCCCACACAACUGGUCCCCCAACACACUGGCUAACUUCCCCUCCAGUCUGGCCGAGUUCUUCCAGUCACAGCCCCAGCAUCGCGACGAUAAAAACACACUGAAAAGAAAUGUUGAUGCUGAGUACAAAAAAUGGAAAACCAUGGCCAAUGAGAAUGAUAUCAUCGCUCAUUUCUCCAUGCAGGGGUCGUCCACCGUGUUCCUGUGUAUUAUCUGGAAAACAUUGCUAGAGGAGAAUCGAGUUCCAUCCAUAGCAUACAAGGUUUUGGAUCGUCUCGGACCUCGGGCAGUCUCGGCACAUCUGAGAACAUUUGCCGAUUACAUUGUGUCAGAACUUAAUGUCAAUUCUGCAGGAGGCCAACAUUUUCACAAGGCGAUUGACUCUUUAAAUGAGAUGGUGUGGAGAUACAACAUUGUUACCAUAGACAGAUUAAUCCUCUGUCUGGCCUUGAGGAAUGUAGAUGAAGAUGCCCGCCUUUGUUAUCUUCUGAUCCACAUGUUGCUGCUAAAACCUCAAGACUUCAAAUCCAGAGUCCAGGAGUUUGUUAAAGAGAAUUCUCCUGAACAUUGGCUACAGAGCAACUGGCAUGAGAAACACAUGGCUUUCCACAGGAAAUAUCCUGAAAAGUUCUACUUUGAGGGAAUCCAAGAUCUAAACAGUCCUAUCCAACACCAGUAUCUGCCAGUGUAUUUUGGGAAUGUCUGUCUUAGAUUUUUACCAGUCCUGGACAUUCUGUUACAUAGAAUAUUAGAACAGCCCUCCCUCACCACUAGUAACUUGAACCUGUUUGAGAAAAUACUAGAGAGCCUGGGUGUUCUCUACAAGUUUCAUGAUCAUCCCAUUACCUAUCUGUACAACACACUGCAUUACUACCACAAGAUCUUGGUCCAGAGAGCAGCAUACAAACGGAGGCUAGUCACCACCAUCUGGAAUGCCCAUCAGGAGAUCCGGCUCAGCUCCUGGUUCCUGACAGAAGAUUAUCAGAGAUUUGCCCAUGAUGAGAGUCUGGAUUGGAAUCCAGAUCUGGAUUAUUAUGUCAGAAUCAUCGGCAGACUUGUAGACACUAUUGAUGGUAAGAGCCCCUUCCCUAACUGUGACUGGAGAUUUAACGAGUUUCCGGGACCCGCUGCACAUGCUCUGUAUGUGACCUGUGUAGAGUUGAUGGCACUUCCUGUGCCGGGUAAUGUAGUGGGGAAUUCCCUCUUGGACGUGGUGAUGAAGAGUUCCACUCAGGUACAGCGGGACAAGGUCAUGUCGUGGAUGAAUGCUGUAGGACUGGUUCUGACAGCCUUGCCUGAGGCCUACUGGAGUGCCCUGAACAGCAAGAUAGGGGAGACAAUCUGUAGUCAUCCACUGACAGUACAGGGGGGAUGUCAACCAUUCCAGGUGUUUAACUUUACCACCAGUCAGACCGUGUUUGCCGAGCAACACAUGACCUACUUAUUGGCCCUGUCUCAUGCUGUGUGGCACCAUGCAGGAAUUGGACAGUUAUCUCAGCUCAAUGUAUUUUUGAGGGAUCACCUGAAGCCAGUGGUGAAGACGGAGGAACAGUUCCUUUAUGUGUGUCACCUGGUGGGUCCAUUCUUACAGCGACUUCACUCCGAGAAAACUAAAAGUCUCAUGGAGUUGGUUGUGGAGCUGUAUGAAAUUUUGGUCAAUGUGGAUAAAUCAUGUGACCACCUGCGAUACCUUGACCCAAUUACAGAUUUCCUAUACCAUAUCAAGUACAUGUUUGUUGGGGACAGUGUGAAGCAUGACAUUGAGAAAAUAAUCCGGAAUUUCAGGCCGGCCCUGACUCUGAGGCUCAGGUUUAUCUCCCACAUUAACCUAGAGGAAGCCAUGACACCAUUAGCUCCACCCAUGUCUACAUGAGCUUCGUGACAUCAUUCGCUCCACCCAUGUCCACGUGAGCUUUGUUAUACCAUUAGCUCUCAACGAAUGUCUGUGUGAGCUUUGUGACAUCCUUAGCUCCACUCAUCAUAUUUAGAUGAUCUACAAGACACCUGUAGCCAGUGUCUUCAUAAGAGCAAAGUUGGAGCAUUAUUUGUGUCUAAAUCAUAAAAAUAUUUAUGAGUUCACAUUUGACCGAUACAGAGUUAAUGUACAUGUUAAUGAAAGCAGAUGUAAGAUGUACAAGAAAGUAUUGUACAAACCUGACUGAUAUGUUGAGAGCUGUGUUCCUUAAGCAAAAACAGAAUCACUUGACUAUUCAGUAGUCAGUUAUGAUUACAAACUUGUAUCAUUAUUCUUGUGCUCUUUACUAGUGUUAGUCUCUUAGUCAUAUUACAUGUAGUAGAAAUCAGCAUUUAAACUGUGUAAAACACAAUUCAUCCUUGACCAUUUCAAGGGUAGUCUAAUUUACUCUUUGCAUGUACUGUAUGUAUUUCUAAUUUGUUCGUAAAAGAUUCUUAUAAAUGGCACACAUAGUCACAGGUAAUGCUUGGAAACUGAUGAUAUCAUGAUAAUCAUGCAUUAUGUGUAACAUAAUAAACAUUCAGUUUCAUUGA